AUGUGUAUGAUCUUAUCACGUGUAGGAAUGACAGCUAUUGGAACUCUGACAGCGAUAUCUACCGAGCGUUAUAUUAUUAUGUCCAGACCUUAUGGUUCGUCGAAAAUGUCGCCCAGAAGGUCCAUUUUCAUCGUCAUUUGUACGUGGCUCUAUUCGUUAAGCUUGUGUUUACCUCCCUUCUUCGGGUGGAGCCGCUACGUCUUAGAACCUCCAGGAAUAAGUUGCUCUGUAGACUGGAUGACAGAAACAAAGAACAACAAGUCCUAUAUCAUUUAUCUCUUUAUAGCUGGUUUCUUUCUUCCUGUGUUUGUUAUGGUCUUCUGCUACAGCCAGAUCAUCAGGAUGGUUCAAAAGGUUCCAAAAAUGACGGAUAAAAGAAGCCACGCCGUCAAGGCUCAACAGCGCUUGACUUUAAUGGUUGCUGCCAUGGUUACCUGUGCUCUAACAGCUUGGACACCAUACGCUGUUGUCUCGUUGAUUGUGGCGUUAGGAUACUCUCAAUUAAUUGGUCCAUUGUCUGCUGUUAGUCCCGCCAUCUUUGCUAAAAGUUGUGUCGUAUACAAUCCGAUCGUCUACUUCUUUCUCAAUCCUCAG